CAGGCAGCUAGAAGCAGUUUCAAAAUGGCUACCGCCUAACGCUGUCUCCCGAUUGAUUUUUUUAUUCCAUACGUUCUUACACCGGCUUCGACAAAAACACCGAAACGACCGCGAUUUUUAUAAAUAAAACCUUUAUUUGACACGUUCAAAAAUAAAUAACCCAUUUAUAAUGUGCCAGUGAAGUUUGUGUUACCGUAAUUUCAAAAAUAGAUGGCAGGUAGAAGGCAUGAAGUGAAUUGAACGCACACAUAGCAUAACCGUUAUCAAGAUGGCCUGCCUUCCCUUCCCGAGCCAGGAGUAUGUGCCCGUCGCCGAGUUUUACGCCGAGAAAUCUAUAUUUGUCACGGGGGGCACGGGAUUCAUGGGAAAGGUGUUAGUCGAGAAAUUGUUGCGAAGCUGUCCCAAAAUAAAGAACAUAUAUUUGUUGAUGAGGCCUAAACGGGGCCAGGAUGUGGCGUCACGGCUUAGCGAACUUACACAGUCACCGUUAUUCGAGACAUUAAGAAGAGAGAGACCGCAGGAGUUGACCAAAAUAGUUCCGAUAGUGGGGGACAUUACGGAGCCGGAGUUGGGCAUCAGCGCUGCCGAUCAAACCAUGCUGUGUCAAAAGGUGUCAAUAGUUUUCCAUUCAGCUGCAACUGUCAAGUUUGAUGAGAAACUGAAGCUAUCGGUAACCAUCAAUAUGCUGGGAACCCAACAGUUGGUUCAGCUGUGUCAUCGUAUGCUAGCUUUGGAAGCCCUAGUACACGUUUCUACAGCGUACUGCAACUGCGAGCGCGAAGCUGUCGAGGAGAGAGUGUACGCACCUCCAGCGCAUCCGGAACACGUAGUCACACUGGUGCAGACGUUGCCAGAUGAUCUUGUCGAUAGGAUCACGCCGGAUCUAGUCGGUGACAGACCAAAUACAUAUACAUUUACCAAAGCAUUGGCGGAAGACAUGCUUAUCAAGGAAUGCGGGAAUCUGCCGGUUGCCAUCGUCAGACCUUCGAUUGUGCUGUCCUCUGUCAAAGAGCCAGUGAAAGGAUGGGUGGACAACUGGAAUGGUCCCAACGGGAUAAUUGCGGCGGUUGGAAAGGGUGUCUUCAGGUCUAUGUUGGGCACUGGGAAUAAGGUGGCAGACCUGGUUCCAGUGGAUACUGUGAUUAAUCUGAUGAUAGUCUGCGCUUGGAGGACGCAUUUGAGACGUGGCGAAGGGGUAGUGGUGUAUAACUGUUGUACCGGACAACAGAACCCCAUCACGUGGCGUCGCUUUGUCAAGACCAGCUUUAAAUACAUGAGAAAACAUCCUUUUAGUGGCCUAGUAUGGUACCCUGGAGGAGACAUCACGAACAAUCGUCUCAAACAUCGGAUUCUGAUGUUACUUCAGCAUCGGGCACCUGCAGCUCUCUUUGAUAUCCUCACUGCUGUCACGGGAAAUAAACCUUCAAUGAUGCGCGUUCAAAGCAAAUUAGAAAAGGCCUCGUCCUGCUUAGAGUAUUUCACGACGCGGCAAUGGGCCUUCAGCGACGACAACGUGAAGGCUCUCUGCACCUAUCUCUCGCCUCAGGAUAGGACCACUUUCGACUUCGACGUCAGCAAUAUCGACUGGGACGCGUAUAUCGAGUCGUACGUUUUGGGGAUCCGGAGGUUUCUCUUCAAGGAGAGCCCCGAAACGUUGCCAAAGUCGCGAGCUAUUUUAUGGCGGUUACACAUAGUUCAUACUUUAACCAAAGUGGCGACAGUUUUCAUCCUUUGGCGAUUUUUGUUCAGCCGCUCGAAUGCUCUUCGAACGCUUUGGUAUCGAAUCUGGGACUUAUUAUCUAGAAUUGCCCGCCUCCUACCGAUCGCCUGAUGCUUAAUAUAAUAUUAUUAGGGGCUUCUGCAUUCUAAUCGAUUUUGUUUCACGCUGUUUCCGCGGUUAGCUCAGGAGAUGGCGCCGCUUAGUCUGUGCGACUUUUGACAUUGACGGCUUGACAGAUUAUUAAAUUUAUAUUUACGUCGGAACUUAUCUUUGUGAAUGACCCGUAAUUGUAGAAUUUGUUAACGAUUUAACUGCCAACUUGAUUUCCUAAAAUCUAAGUAGAAUUUAUGAUUUUCGUCCUUUACUAAUUUUCUAACUUAAUUGACAAGGAAUAAGGUUGAAAGUCGCACGGUAUCUUUCUCUUCCCAGCUAAGCCUUUAAUUCGUUACCUUAUUGUUACAAUGUAACGUUAAUUAAUAUAUUUUGUAACAACACUCGCGUCCGUCUAAUUUGGGACGAUCAUAAAACGUAAUUUCUAAAUAAACCAUUAAUGACGAAACGAAAUUUAGAAAACUGUUCACAGUAAAUAUGUUUUAUAUUUAUUAUCUGAAUUUAUGUCAACUUAAUGAAAAAGGCAUUUGUGGACUUCCCAAGUUUUUCGUGCGCGAGUAUAUAUCAGCUCAAUACGUAAUCAAUUAAUGGUGAAUUAGUUCAAAACUGUUAUUAAUAUAAUGUACAAUAGUAAAAAAUAACAAUCCAUUACACUUGUAAGUUCUCGAAACGUUCUUAACCUCCGUUAGUCUCUGCGAAUUUUUCAUAAGAUGUCAGUUUUUAGGUACAGGAACGUAAAAUGUAAUGUCAAAUGUCCUGCGGGGUUAUUCUCGGCAAUUGAAAACUUUCCACGCGGAAAGUGUCAGCUGUCAUAUUCCGUACCAUAUGUUUGUCUUUUGCUCUUUCCGUUCGGAAUUCGUUUCAUUGUGUUGAAUAAUUCUCCGUAUUGUAUGGGCACCAUUUUGACUUGGCGGCGCAGAAUCUUAACUAUUGAAAUUGCUCUUUGCCUAACUGCUAACUGAGAUCUUUCCAAGCUGUCAUGUCAAACUAUUUUGAUAAUUCAUUUGUCCGGUUUCAAAUGUUACUGACAGUGUGUUCGAUACUUAUCUAAAUGAAUUGUCAAUAAUUACCGUUUAAAUACUUGAAAUACACUGUUAACUUGGUAGUUGUUAAUACAUUAAGUUUUAACUUAGCCCCGUUUUCAUUAAUUUCACAAUUCAUUCAUAAUUCGUGUCUUUCUGGCCAUUUGUGUUUACGUGGUGAUUAAAGGGGAUAGAUUAGCACUUUUCUGUUAAAAGACUGAUUUAGUUUUUAUGGCCGUGUUUGAAGGUAGGGUUUAAACGCGAAUUAAUUCUAAAUCGCCUAUUUGUGUACCUAUUGCAUACAGACCGUAAUUAUUAUUUUCUUGCAUAAAGCUACACUAGAACACACUGUCAGAAAAAUAUUGGGAAUAGCAACCGUUUUGACUUGGCUAUUUGAAUAGCUUGAUAGGUUUAAAUUUAAAGUUGUUAGUAAAUUUUUUUAUGUGCUAGACUCGUAGGGAAAUUAGGAAAUUUUUUGAUAUUGAUCUAGAAACUACUGAAUGCUUGUCUUACCUUGUGGAAUAAAAUUGACGUUUGACAGUAACUUUUAACCCGUCAACUGUCAUUCAAAAUAUUAAGUGAUCGGCUUACAAAUUGGCCAUUGAUAACCAUAAGCUCAAAGUUAGUGACACAAAAUUAAAAAUGUAUUUAAAAUUAAGAGACUUGCGCAUGUGAGGUUGCAAUGAAAAUUGGAAAUUUUAAGUUUUGAAACAUUGCUUAGUUAAUAUGUAGAAGUUCAACGUUCAAUGUUUCCAAAUGGAAAGUGACGUGGGGCCAUAGACAAGAAUGAAGUGGCUAAUGCUUGGUCACGUUAGGGAGGCGUUAGUGGUUCACACCCGUGGCAAAGUUUCUUGUCUACGGCCACCAAGGCGUGUGUGUGAUGUCAUGACAUUGUGGUAUUUAAAAAUAAUAAGUAUAAAAAUCUUCCCUUUUUCUAUAUGGUGCCCAAUUUUCUGCUUCCAAAGAUUUAUGUUAAUGACGAAUUUUUAGAUUAGAAAGUGACGCUUAAUAAUAUUAUGUUAUUUAAAACUUGGGAUAAUGAAUAAUGUUUAGAAAUGUCAUAUUUUGUCCUGCCCACAACAAACUUGCAUUACCCUAUCAUCGGGAUUUAAUGUUUUGGUGUGUGUAAUUAAUACAACUUACAAAACUUACUAAAUUUGAAUGAUGGACAAAGUAAGGCUGGAUUAAGAAUUAUUUUAUUGUGAUAGCUCUCGUCCAAUGUUUUGUCUCAUUCUACGGACAUUUAAAGGAUAAAGACAAGACACAAUAAUGCGAAUUCUUUGCAAGCAUUAUUGUGAAGUUUGUUGGUGUGAUAAAUAAUUUUAUCUCUUUCUAACAGUUAAAGUACGUAAGAGAUGGAACUAUAUGAAAUUAUGCUAGUUUUCCUAUAUGAAAUCAUGGUUUAAGACAAUUGUGCCACAUGUCGGGCUGAUUCGGCUUAGCCACUGGGGAAGUAUACAGCACUACAUUUAUCUAGUCCUUAUUCAAAUCUUUCUUGUUAUUUUCCAAAGAGUUUUGAUAUUUCUUUUAGAUCGGACAUUACUUAAGAACUCAAUCUGGAAUGUAAAUCGAAUUCAAUUAUCUCUAUCGUUGAGCGUAAGGCAGAAAAGGACAGCAAAUUUUAUCGAUAUAACCCUCGUUUUAUUAGUAAAAACUCAUUAACACAAAGACUGAAGAAAUCUGAAUGUUAUGAUUAACAAAAUUUAUUUUAUCACCAUAUAAAUUCGUUGUAGGAACUUGGUUUUUGUAAUGUUUUAGAACUCCCGAAUAACAACCAAAAA